AAAGAGGCGCUGUGUACACUUUAGUACGAUACUUGGACUUAGUCAGUGUCAAGCAGUCAGUCAGUCAUCAACUUGAGCGUGCUUAAGCUCUGUGAACUGCAAUCUAAUUCAAUUAAAAUUAAAAGGAAAAUCUACGCUUCAAAUGAAAUUGCUCCGAAUUCAACAAUCGAAAACGACGACGAUAAACGACAAUUAGACAAAAACAGAAAAAUUUCAGUUUCUGUCAAUACGUGGGCAGCCUGACAACAAUGAGAGUAGAUGACGGCGCAGAAAAGUCCGCAAUGAUUCGUUCAUCAUCAAUGCCUGUUAAGCCAAAACCCUUGGAUCCGAGGCCACUGGCGCGAUCUCCAGAAAAGGAAACGGUCAACGAUAGUGAAGUCGACUAUUAUCCGGAGAGUCCCAGCUGUGUGCGUCGACGAAAGUCGAAGCAAACUCCAGAGCAAUUGGAGACGCGUAGUGAGCAAAACUUUCCUUAUACCCUCGACUGGGCGGGGAGCACUAUUGAGCUAACUCCCGAUGCGGAUGCUGAUGCAGACGGUCUGAGACGCAGAAUGAAUCGUGUGAUGGAAAAGAAUGGACAUGAGAACGUUGUCUUUCGACGCAUACCAGAGAAGUCCUGGCGAUAUAUGCGUGACGUGAUCACCACACUGAUCGAAUUGGAUUGGAAGUAUAUGCUGACACUGUUUCUGGGUAGUUACUUUCUCAGCUGGACUUUCUUUGGCGUACUUUGCUAUAUGGUAGCCUAUUCUCAUGGCGAUUUUCUAUUUGACGCUAUCACUGGCGAACGUUUGGGCGAGGGAAGUGACCCCUGUAUUUUCGGAGUGCCCAAUUUUAUUGGCAUUAUGAUAUAUUCGAUUGAAACACAAACAACACUUGGUUUCGGCGAAAGAUACGCCAGCGAGGAAUGUCCAGAGACCAUUUUUCUAUUUGUAAUGCAAAUGAUGUGCGCAGCUGCCAUCGAGGGAUCUAUGGUUAGCAUUAUCUAUGCGAAAACAGCUCGUCCAGCCAAACAGCUGACCAAGCUCAAGUUCAGCGAUAAGGCGGUGAUUUGUUGUCGCGAUGGACAACUUUGUUUGCUCUUUCGUGUUUGUGAUCCACGUGAACAGCAGUCUAUAGAAUCCAAGAUACGUGUCUACAUUAUUGUAGACAAGCCUACACGGGAAGGAGAACUAAUUAAAACACACACGGAACUGAAGCUGGAGGGAAAUGGCGAACAGUUGAUUGUCUGGCCGGACAUUGUAUGCCAUGUCAUCGAUGAGACCAGCCCACUUAAUCACUUCAACAAUGCCAAACAGUUAAAUGCAGCUCAAUUUGAAUUAUACGUGACAAUUGUGGGCACAUCUCCGACUACGGCUCAAAUGACGGAGGCAAAGACAUCGUACGUUCCACGAGAGAUCUUCUGGGGUCAACGUUUUGUCAAUAUUAUCCAUUAUGAUGCAUCCAAUGAGCGUUAUAUUGUGGACUAUGAGAAUUUCAACACAACCAUUUCGGUAGAUAUGCCUAUCAAGUUGACACCGGCGGAGCAGUUACAGCAACAACAGCAGCAGCAACAACUGCAGCAGCUACAAUUGUCAUACAGAAAAUAAAUUAUAUAUUAACAAACAACACAAUAAAGUAUUAUAUCAUCCACCAAAAAUACGCGCUCAAUAAAAAUUUCGAUUACUAUUCCGAU